AAAUUACAAUUUAGAUUUUUUUAUUUAUUUGUUUGUAAUUAACUAAGAUAAAGACGAUAAAGAAUAGACCUAUAUUAUAUACUUGGUCCUAGGUAAUUAAGCGAGAGAUAAUUUGUAAAAAUAGUUCAAAAUGGAAGAUGUUUUAAAGGAGCCCAUACAACUUUCGAAAGGAAUUAAUUUAAAGGAACUAUUUACAUCAGAAACGGAGUUCCACAUUGAUACAGACUUUAAAAAGAAGAGGCCUGAUUCCUUAUUAAAUAUGAACAAUGAUUUAAUUCUAGAUACUGAUGAAGAUGACAGUGACGCUGAAGAUAUUCUGAAGAAUAUUGAAAGUUCAACAGAACAGAUGAUGCUAUCUUCACCAGAAUAUCAUUCGUUUAAAGAUUUAGCUGCUAAAAUGAUUGAUUGUGUACCAACUGGUGAUGUAAAGAUGCUUAUUAUUGAAGAAGGCGAUGGUCCCUUAGUACCAGUAGAUGCUGAAGUUACUUUACACUACGCUGCUUAUUGGGAGAAAGCUAUAAUACCAUUUGAUUCAACACUUACAAUGAAUUCUGGCAUGCCACUGCAUAUACGUUUAGGAUCAGGCAGCGUGUUGCUAGGUUUAGAAAUAGGUCUGACAGCAGUCAGGGGACCUAAAGCUAGGUUCCACUUAUUGCUGCAGCCUAAAGUUGCGUGGGGGGAGAAGGGAGCCCCACCCCGUGUGAAACCUGAACCUGCAUUGUUUGUAAUUGUGUUGUAUAAUGUUAGAGAUACGCAGGCUGGAAGUAGAUUCAAUGACCUACCGAUGGAAGAACAGAAGAAAUUUGAAGUAACAAUAAGAACUGUGAAAUCAUUACAUGCGCAAGCUAAAGAAUUGUUUAAUAAAAAGAAAUAUAAAAAAGCCAUACAAAAUUACCAACAAUCCCUUUCAGUGCUACGAAUAUCACAACCAAAUAAUGAAUCCGAAGAAAAUGAAGUUAAAAAACUUAAAAUAGUUGUCUUUGUGAAUCUAGCAGUGUGUUAUUAUAAAAUAGACAAACCUAAAUACGUAAUAAAUAUGUGCGAAAAUUUAGAUCAAAUUAUUGAUAUAGAAAGUCAUUGUAAAGCAUUAUUUUAUUAUGGUAGAGCAUACGAAAUGUUAGGUAAAAGGGAAGAGGCACUAAAAUAUUAUAAUAAAGCAUUAAAAUUAGAACCGAAAAAUAAAGAAAUUGGCAAAGCGUUAGUCGAUUUUGAACGUUAUGUUCAAGAGUCAUCGAAAAAGGAGAAGGAAAUGUGGCAGAACGCUUUUAAGGCGACACCACAGAAAAAAACAGAUGUUGUCUAUGACGUGGAUGAAGAUUUUCAAAAUGGCGUCCGGGAGAUGUGUCAAAAUUUGGUUGAGAAUGAAGGUUGCGCUCAAUUCGAGUUGCCAACUGGUCUAACUAGGAACGAAUUGGAUUUUUUGAAAGCGUUAGUAACUGAAUUUGAUGGACUAGUUGUCGAUGAAGAGGGCGAAGGAAAAAGAAAAAAAGUGACUGUGGUAAAACUUUAGUUAU